CUGACGUCAGUGACGAACCUUUUCUCCCCAAACAGCUCCUCACCAUUGUCAGCAUGCACAAUGCUGUGAGAGAGAUCGUCUCUCCAAUCUCCUGCUGUGGGAACGUAUAUCCAUUGCUCCUUUAUAAAGAAAAGGAAGGACCAUGGCGUCGUCAUCUUGUCGUUUUCUUUUUUGGCUUCUCUUCGCAGUUCUCAACCUAGAUUGUGGCCGUGCCCUGCAGGUUGGAGGCUUGAAGUUUGAAAAUCCCUUUCAGAAUAAUAACAACCCGACAACCGACAAAUCAGGACAAUCAGCUACUACCUUGCAACCUGGUGAUACAGUCGCAGUGAUUGGUGCCUCGGGCAAUGUCGGAAAGCUCGUGGCAUUGCGUCUAUCGGAUACCUACCGAGUCCAUGGCAUUGUCCGAGAUCCUGCUUCAGUGGCACCCUUCUUUCAAGGCCGCGACGAGAAAAUAAAACUCUUUCAGUGCGACUUACUUCAGGAACUAUCCGGCUCAUCGUCGUCCUCCUGCCCGGAAUCACUCGUCCCCGCCUUGAAAGAUGCCAAUGCCAUUGUCAUUUGCACCGGUACAACGGCAUUUCCCACCAAGGCGUGGUCCCGAUCAGGAGAAGCUACCGUUACCGACAAUGUCAUUAAAGCCUUAUUGGACACGCAAUUCAACGUCAAGGACGCCAUUCGCAGUCUCGAUGAACUCGGUCUCAAUACACCCAACAAUGUUGACGAUCGAGCCAAUGCCUUGAUUCUCCAGGCGUGGGAUGCCGUCUGCACGGUACCACAAAAACGAGCCAUUAUGCUCAGUUCCAUUGGCGUACAGCGACGAGACUCCAUGCCAUUUCCUAUUUUGAAUGCCUGUGGAGUAUUGGAUGCCAAGGCAGCAGGAGAGGAAUCGCUCAAAACAGCGGCGGCCAAGGGCAAAUACAGUUAUUCCAUUAUCCGACCCGGACAGCUCUUUGGAGGACCGUACGACAACAAUUAUUAUCUGGGAACGCUAUUUCAGUUGGAUAAAGAUGCCGCCACACAAGAUGUACAAGUGGGCCAGGGAGAUGAGCUAUUAGGAGAUACCUUGAGGAGUACUCUGGCCGAAGUCACGGCGCAAAUCUGCGAGGGCGACCACGCCAAAGACAUGGAUUUUGCUUGUAUCAAUGUCAAAGGAGAGAGUCCGGCCUUGGACGCGGUGCAAGAGCGACUUUCGGCGCUCUAGCUAGUAGACAAGCUAUCUGUUCACCCAAGGACAGUGCCAGUUCUGCAACGUUGGUUGCUUCUCUUUUCUUUCUAGGCAGAAACAAUAGGCUGUAUGAUCAUUCGCAGUAACAUCGAAUCAAUUCUCAUCAGAAGGCAAGAAAACAAAUAGAGGAGGGGCACUAGCUAGGUCACUGUAAGCAUAACGACUCGCCCCCUUUUCUACC